AUGGUUUGCAAUGAUAGCAGCGAUGAUGAUAGCUUCGAGUGCUUGUCCUCCAGCGGUGACCGCAAGAAGGGAGAGUACGAGGAGCUGGAAAUGCUGACAGGCAAUGGCCAUGUGUCGCACGAGCCGAACAAGUGCGGCCAGGCGAUCGCGGCCAAAGUCUGGGAGUGGCGAUACUUCUUGGUCAUAGCCUGGCCGUUGAUGGCCUUGAUAAUGGCACCCUUUGCAUAUCAAUUGGUGGUGAACGCCUUGCCGCUUCCAAAGAGUCCACCGCAUGGCACGGGCAGCGCGCUGGCCGAGGACCUUUUUGAGGCCAAAUUCCCAUACCUCGUGGGCAUGAAGAUGGAGAUGGUCGUGCUGAAGUGCCGCGAAGAAUGCAAAAGUGCAGUCUCCGUGAUGAGUCAACUGCAUGUCGAGUCCUUGAAGGACAUGGUUCUCAGGUUUGGUCAGGAAUAUCCUGGCACCAUCAUUGAUAUUCGCUCCUACUACACCUUUGGCACCAAGAUCGACAGCAACCCAAUGCUUUCUUUUGACAAGCAGAGCAUUCUCUUCGUGUGGAGCUGGAGAGUCAACGGCACCAUGAAGCUUACAGCGCAAAGCUUUGCGAAGGAAAUGACGAAAAGAGUCGAGAUUCUGAACGGUCAGCAGGGAGAUGGCCCAGACACCUUCGACCUGGCAGUGACUGGGCCUACCUUCCUGAACGUGGCGAUGAAGGAAACCGUCCUGCACGAGGUGCCCAUUCACGAGAUCGAGACGCUUUGGCUGCCCUUCGGCAUCCUCGCCUUACGCCUGCAGAGCGCCCGGCUUCUGUUGCUGGCGCUCUGCUCCAUGCCCAUCUCCAUUCUCAUCUCCUUCGGCUUUAUGUAUUUUGUGUCCACGAUGCUGCCGGUGAUUCUGUACGCACUGGUCAUGAUGCUUAUGCUGUGCACGGCCCUUUCCUUUGACUACUCGCUCUUCACCAUGACCCGCUACGCAGAGGAGCGCCGGAAGGGUGCCAAUAUGGAGAAUGCCAUUGCAACGGUGAUCACACAAAGUGGUCACGUGGUAGUGGUCUCGGGCCUGGUGCUGACGAUUGCCUAUGGGGCCAUGCUGGUGCUCCCAGGUGCCUUCAAGAGCUUUUGCGUGGCCGCCUGCUCCAUGAUCUUGUGCUGCAUUGGCGUUCAAAUGACUUUUGUGCCAUGUCUCUUGGGCGUUUUCCCGUGGAUUGGCGCUGGCUUCGAGAAUCAGGGCUCCGAGGAGGAGGAGAUCGAUGCAGAGGAUGAUGUCGACUUUGAGGACAUAGACAACGGCGACACGCCGGCAACGCAAAUUUCGCUGAAGCGGGUGCGGGAGUUCCGCAAAGGCAUCUACUACAAGGUUGGAGGCAGGUUGACCCAGUGCCCCAUGAAUUGCCUCGUGCCGUUGGCCAUUUACUUGGCCACGUCUCCGCUGACCUACCGGGUGCUGAGGUACCAGAUGGGCCAUGCCUACGAGCUGCAGAUCCCCCGAGGGCGCAAGGAGUGGGAGACAUCGCUGCAGAUCCAGCAGGACUUUCCCACCUCUGUGGGCUGCAUGAUGCCCACGUUGAUCAUCGCCACCAACAAGUUGGAGGAGAUUCCCAGCACCACCUUCCUCCCUCCACUGCCGCAGCUGAAGCUUAACGACAGCCUGGGCGUGCCUUUUGACCCUGAGGCCAGCCCGCCGAACGAGGACACGGAGGCGCCCCUGGAUGUUCGCGGCCAAGCCUUCUUCGACAUGAACUGCGACAUGGUGAACAUGCUGAUCCAGCACACCAGGAACAAGACCUUCGCGCUGAAGUCGGGGGACUUUCAGAGCCCCACCUUCUAUGGAGAGCAUGAGGAUGGCACCGUGAAGUGCUUGAACUACGACCUGACGCACUACUACCGUGCAAACUACUUCACGCAGAAGUUUAUGUUCACGUCGAGGCUCAUGCAGAAGUUGUGGGAUCAGCUGGUCAACGAGCAGCACGAUGCCAUGCUCACACUGCUGACGCCCAAGAUGGACCCCUUCUCCGCAGAGGCCUUCCGGAUGACAUCCGACAUCCGGUCCCUGCUGCUGAAUGCCAGCGAAGCGGCCAGGCAAUCCGGAUUCGGGGAGAUCACCUACAUGAUGUUCUCACCAAGUGCAAUCAUGAUGGAUAUGAUCGAGGUGACUCAUGCCAAGCUGUUUACCGCUUUCCUUGGCUGCGCUCUAGUUUGCUUCGCGCUCAUAGCGGUGGCCUUUCACGCCUGGCUGAUUCCCUUCAAGCUGCUGUUCACGGUCAUUUUGCCCAUCACCUGGGCUUAUGGUGCCGCACUGUACACCUACGAGGAUGGCUUCUUAGAGUGGACCGGCAUCCCCAGCCUUUCGCCCACGUACAUCACAAACAGCGGUCCUGCAGGUCUGGAUUGGACGGUGCCCAUGUUUACGCUCACGAUUAUGCUCGGACUCGCUCUGGACUAUGACGUGUUUCUCUUUGAGCGUGUCUGGGAAUUCCGCGAGGAGGGCUUCGGGGACAACGAGUCGGUGCAGCUGGCGCUCUCCGCCACGGGCCCCACCAUCACGGCGGCCGGCCUCAUCUUCGCUUUCACCUUUACCAGCAUGAUGCUGGGGAGCAUGGCCAUCACCAACCAGAUGGGGUUCGUCUUCAUCUUUUCCAUCGUGGUGGAUACCUUCGUGGUGCGGACCGUGCUGGUGCCCGCCAUGCUCUCACUGAGCCCGUGCCUGAACUACUGGCCUUCCCGCAUGCCGGAGGUGAAGUACACCUGGCUCGGGAAGUGA